AACAAAAAAAGUAGAAGUUGUUACGAUUGAUAAAAGAUAUGCGAGAAUUUAUUAGAGAAUAAAGAUUAUAAAGAUUUCCAGUAGAGAUAAUGCAAGCACAGCCAAAGGAAACACUUGCCAACAUGCCGGGCGAACAAAAGGAAAAACUAAUUGUUGUCACCGGGUUUGGACCAUUUGUGGGACAUGAAGAUGUGAAUGCCAGCUGGGAAGCGGUAAGCCUACUGCCAGAUGAAGUAGUUCAUGGCAAUACGGUUUAUCGCUUGCAAAAAGUCAAAGUACCUGUUGAAUAUGAAGCCGUAGAUAAGGCAGUCGAAGAAAUUUGGUCUUGGCGACCCACCUUGGUAAUACACUGUGGAGUCAAUGGUCAUUCCUCGUGUGUACAUGUUGAAAAAUUGGCCUACAACAACAAUUUCUGUAAACAAGAUUAUGCCGGCAAAUAUUUGCCCGAAGGUCGAGCAUGUCUACAAAAUUGUCCAGCUAAAAAAUCGGCAAUUUUUUGUAAAUUAAAUGUACAAAAAAUUGUACAAGUUAUAACCGAUGAUUGUGGGUGUACUCCUACAGAUACCGAUACCACGGAUAAUGUGGGGAUGUUAAAUAGUAUGGAUUCACUCAAAUUGGCUAAAGUUUCCAAAGAAGUUGGCAAUUAUCUGUGUGGUUAUAUCUAUUUAAAAUCUUUGGAUUAUGAUUGUUCUCGUUCGUUGUUUGUUCAUGUACCACCGCUAGAUAAACCAUUUCCAGUUGAAAAGCUGAGUGAGGUUGUACUAAAGAUAACACAGGAGUGUUUGCGUCAAGUCAUUGAUGGUGUGGAUAAGAAAGAUAAAUGAUUUUAUUAUCAUAAUCUAAAGUAUUUCUCAACAACUACAAAUGUGUUUUUGUUUUAAAUUUGUAUUUGUUUGUAAUAUCUUUUCUAUUAAUGUAUGAAUAAAAUUCGUAUAUAUGUGA